AGAGGCGGCUGAGGGGCGGUCGGCGGCGCUGCGGCAGAGCGCUCGAAGCUCGUCCCCGCCAAGGCCUCUGGGCGAGCCCGGCCUCUUUCCCGGCCGCCCGCCCGCCGACCUCUCUUGUGCCAUGGGAAGGCGGCGGGGCGGCCUCUGCUUGACGACGACGCGGAGCAGAAGCCUCCGGGCCGGGGCAGGGGGCCUGGGCGACCGGCUGAGGGGACGGAAAGAGCCAGCGGCGGGCGGGCGGCCAGGCCCAGUCCGGUCCCCCGUCCGCGCUGCGCCAAGCAGGCUGUCUUCACGCUCUCAGGAGUGCAUGAAAACUGCUCAGCGCUGAGACAGCAAAACACCAGGAUUGGAAGAUGACUGGAGUUCAGAUCGACAGCUCUCGACUGCCUCCAGUUCAAGAAGUUUGUCGAGAUUUUGCGGUCCUGGAAGAUGGCGCUUUGGCCUACUGUUUGCAAGAACAAGAGAAUGAACAGCAUUACACCUCCAACAUCCAGAAGAACCAGCUGGUUCAGAAGGACAUCCAAAUCGCCAAGAAGCUGCAGGGCAUGGAGGAUGAAGAGAGGAAGCUUCACAGCUCUGAGGAACAGAAGCAAAUUGAAGAGAGUGACUCUGAAAUUGCCCGUGCCAUCCAGGAGGAUAUUCAGAGGAAAGCGGAGGAGAGUCGUCAGCGGGAGGAGAAAGACCAGGAGCUGGCCAAGCAGUUGCAAGACUUAGAAGAAGAAGCGAUCCGGCAAAAGAAGAAGCAGAUGUUCGAGAACUCCAACGGCGAAAGAGGUGAUGACACCGAACCGCUGCAUUGGGUGAUAGCAAACCUGGAAUUACAGACUCUGGAGCAGCUUCGGCAAGAUGAAGAACUGGCUCAGAGGCUGCAAGAAGAAGAGCACACGUCUAUCAGAGCCAGAAAGAACCGGGAGCGUAACGAUGACUACAGAGCUGCCCAGGUGGCUCAGGAUGAGGAGAUUGCUCGAUAUAUGCAAGAGCAGGAACUGAAAGCCCAAUGGAGAUCCUCUGGCAGGGAUGGAGAAGCUGAGAGCAACAAGGAGGCACGCAGCCUCUCUGAACGAAGGCGGAGCCAAGGCAUAGAGGAGGCCCAGCUCGGCUGUGGAGCUGCAUCCCCAGCCAAAGUUCAGUCUCUGGAAAGAUCAGAUGUGCCCUCAAGUGCAGGCCACGCAGACAUGAGGCCUCAGCUUUGCCGGAAUAUCGCCGAAGAUCUGGACCCAACCUUUAAAGCCAAAAGAACGGAGCCACCCCCUGAUGUGAGCGGAGUCUGCUCCCAAGUGCGACCUGUUCCAGUGGAUGGCCUCUUUGACUAUAUGGACGAGACUUCGGAACCCACCUUCGUGUCCCCAACCAAACGGCAGCCAGAAAAGGCGGGCCGUCAGAAAUCCAGAGACAAAAAGGAAGGCUGCAAGCAACAGUGAGCUCCUGGUUAUCUGUUCCCCCACACUGCCACCGAGAGGGUUUUUCUCCACCGGGAUUGCAGGCUCUUCCUUGUACCUCACCCCCAGGGAACGGGUCUGCCACGCUGCGGUCCUUUUCCUGCUCAGGGCUUCCUCUGUUGUAGCACUGAAGCAUUUGAUUAGACGUCAAAUGGAGCAGAUGCAAAAGAUGGCCAGCGCGGCCACCAUUUGGGUUUCAGAGGGAUUGAAAAUGGCAGCAGCGCAGCUGAAACGCAGUAUAGCCCUAGCCCAUUCAUGGGGAGAAAAUACAGAAAGCACAACGUGUGGCAGUUCCUUUUCCCCUUGCUGUGAAGAACCAUGUUUUCACCACAUAGCAACUUUGCAAUGCGCUGUUUGUCAGGCGACUAGAGACAGAAGCCAACCACGUGAAUGCUGCAUUCAGCCCCAUCCAAGCAAAAAAACUAUUGGCUGUAAUUUUCUCACAGCAGAGAACAGAGUUGCAGCCCUCUUACAAAAGUUCUCUGGCAACAGUUUGGGCUUUUCCAGACACGUCCUUCCAGGGAAUCGGGUUUGGGAUUUUUAGGACGUGCCCUUCUGGGGAUCUUCAAAUAGGAAAUGUGAACAAGAGAUUUAAAAAAAUAGGCAGAGUAUUCUAUUCAGCGCUUUGUGUUUCUACAAUUAUAUUUCUUUUACGCAAACAUGUGAUUUGCUGGCAGUGAGCAAAUGAGCGGCCAAACGCACGAAACGCUUUCAAGGUAGAUUAGAAGCUGAUCUUCCACAGGCCACCCUAGUAGCAAGCGGACGAGCCUCUCCUUUUUCCCCUUCAAGUAUUGGUUCCAACGCUACCGGUCUCAGACUUCAAGAUGUGCAAUUUUGAAUUGGUGCUAAAUGUGUUAAUUUGCACUUUUCUUUUUAAGAAAAAGAAAUAAUAUGCAUGUGUAUAUCUAUAUACAUAUCUAUCUAUAUAUCUAUAUAUAUAUAUAUAUUAAAAAAAAAUCCCUCUGCACCAUGCGCAGGCCCUGGUAGCAGGCAGAUAUGCUGCUCAGCAGUUCCAUAGCAAAGUCGUCUGGCUAAAGAAAAAGCCAGUUCUACAUGGCUUCCUUUUGAAUCGGUGCAUGUGUGGCGUGUGUAUAUAAUAUAUACAAAUGAAAUGUGGUAUCUCUUUCAUUAAAGAAGUCCUUACUCAA